ACAGACGUCAAAAGUCACUAUGUGCUUUACGUUCAUUGUGUCAUCAAAACAUCGACUCUAAAGAAAAAAGAAUACAAUUUAAUACUUCAAGUCCAUAAGCCAAGUUGACCUUGUAUGAUCGAGUAAAACGAGUCAAAAUAUUAAUUCUGUGAACCUUACCUAUCGAGUAUGGAGUUAAGGACGGCGCUAGUGCUGCUGUCGUUGCUGUUUUAUGUGGACGGAUAUUCGAAGUACGGACGUACGUGCAAGGACAUAGGUUGUCUGAACAGCGAAGUAUGUGUCCUCGCGGAAGAUCCUUGCAGCUUCGGACAUACCUCCGGCUGUGGUACCUACCCUACCUGCAAGAAGAAGUCGCAAGUCGAAGGAUCACACUCGGAGCCAGCUAAGCCGUCGGUUCCAAUUCCGGUUCCACAAACACCGACAAGGGACUCUGACUCGGCCCCCAAUUAUCCACCACCAGCCCCGCCUUCUAACGGACACAAUUCUCCAUACGGUGGUAGUUCCAACGGUGGUAAUGCUCCCUAUGGUGGCAACUCCCCAUAUGGAGGCAGUACGAAUGGAGGAUCUUCACCAUAUGGCGGUAGGUCACCAUAUGGGGGCAAUACCCAUGAUGGCGGUUCGCCUUAUGGUGGUAAUUCUCCUUAUGGCGGCAAUAACCCAUAUGGAGGCAAUUCAAACGGAGGUUCCUCGCCCUAUGGGGGAGGUUCUCCAUACGGUGGUAGCUCUCCUUAUGGAGGCAACUCUCCAUAUGGAGGUUCAUCCAACAGAGGUGGUAGUCCCUAUGGAGGCAGCUCCAACCCCGGCUUUGGAAGUUCAGGCGGAAAAAGCCCAUUGGACAAUAUCUUCAACACACUGAAUAAUUUCGCAAACGGUGGAGGCAGUGGAUCUGGCGGCAGUUCGGGAACGGGACUUUCCAACAUAUUCGGAAACAUUCUCGGUAACUUAUCAAAAAGCGGAGGUUUAAAUGGAUUGUUCAACACUCGACCCAUAAUGGAGAAUCCGGGCUACCAAACGUACAGCUCGAAUUCUCACGCUAAUCCCCAAAAUUAUCCAUCAGGGAACACGGCCCAAGCCCAUCAGCCCAAUCAGAAUAGGAAAUAUGAGCACAGUUAUGCUUCACACAACGGAGCCAGCACCAGAAAGCCGGUAUCUUACGGCUGGAACGUUAGUUUGACAGUGUUUUUGACGUUCCUGCUCCUACAAUACUCUUCGCGGAUAUAGUUUAUGAGAUUCAAAUAACUAUUUGUUAUGUAAAAAAAAUGUAUAUAUCAAUAUAAAAUAUUAUCUGUUA